AUGAACAAAGAGCUCUACGCCCUCGCGGUGCUCAACGCCUUCUGCCUAGUGGUGCAGCUCCUCCCCGUCAUCUCGGUGCCCAUCACCUCGGCCUCCAGCCGCUUCUACUUGUCACAGUACCAGUCCUACAGCUUUGGCGUGUUUGGCAUCUGUGACCUUCAGACCUCAGUAUGCUCCCACGCCAAAAUCGGCUACCCUCCCGUCAACAGCACGUUCUACGAGUUGGCCAGCGAGCAGGUGCCUGAUGUUGGAGGCAUUGCCCUUCCUUCCAACGCCACAUACGCUAUCUCCAAACUUCUCGUGGUGCAUGUCAUCGCGUUUGGGUUCCUGGCCCUCUUGCUCUUGGUGGUGUUGUUUCUCAUAUCGCUCGAGUACGUGGACGAGUUGGACAAGAGCUACUUCUUCAAGAUGGUGGGCAAGCCCAAUAUCAAGAACGAGCCAGUCGAAGAGGAGUUCUUGCCCAAGGACCCUACCCCGAAGAAGAAGACCCGCGACAUCACCGUGUACAUCAACGUGAUGUUGUCGUUCUCGUUGCUCUCGUUCAUCUGCACUCUCUUGGGCUUGCUCGCAGACAUCUUACUCUUCAUCCCCAACCUCAGCUACGUGGGCUGGCUCCAGCUCUUUCCCGUCACCGUGCUCACGUUGAUCUCAGCCAUGCUUUGCUUCGUCAAACGGACCCUCUACUCAAGACGGUACCUCGAGCUCGAGCACAAGUACGAAAACGACGACAUGAGACUCCGCAAAAACAUCUUGGAGAGACGAUGGAGCGACGACGCCAGCGAUGAUGGCUUCUAUGUCUACACCAACGGCUUCUACAGCGCCCAUAACGGUGAGGGAACUGUGGGCCCUGCUGGUAGAGCCAACAGCUUGCAUAGUGGCUGGAUCCACCACACCUACCGAAAUGAAAGUGCAGAGGAGAUUUCCAUCAAUUCGUUGAGAUCCGAGGCCAUCGAAUUGGAACCUUUGACCCGGGAGGACGGCGAAUCUCCUCCCCGUCCUGCUGGGGGAUCAUAG